AUGUUUAAAAAAGUCACCCAAUCCAUAGCAAAUCAAAUGGAUCCAACAGGAGACCUGGUCCCAGUUCACAGCAUCUUAGACCAUGAGCAUUUCAGACCCUUCUGUCUCGUGAAAAGAAAAAGAAAAACCCUGUUCCACCCAUCUCCCUACUACAAACGGACAUGGUACAGACUCCACGACAUGCUGCUGCCUGGAAAAGACACCAAAAGCACAGAGUCCCUCUUUCCCAACGGAGGUGGUCAAGAGUCAAGGCAAUUUAGAGUCACAGUAAGCACCAGCGACAGAGUUGACGGGAAUCUAAGCCUCUGUGUUGAGUCUGUAAGCGCCGAGGUGAGAGGAGCUGCCUCCUUGUCCAAAGGGUGGUCCAUCAAGCUGGAGAAGAACCACAUACCCCUACCAGAACUUGAGGCACUGAAAUCGGAAAGAAAAAUAAAUGUGAAUCACGCCUUCAUUCAACAACUAAAGAAAGCACGACACAAUUUAUACGUGGUUCAUGAAACAGUAGAAGCCUCGGAGGAGGCCCACUACGAGGAAUCCACCACGGCAGAGGGGGGCUUCGCGGCCCAGUUUCACGCCAAGCUUGGUGCAAAGGGCGCCAGAGAGAACACGCAAAGCAUAACUAUACCCAAGGGCUGCACCCUGGCCUUCAGGCCAAUCAAGCUGGUCAUUGAAGAUGGAUCAUGGGAUCUUGAGUAUUUCCCAGAAGACACUAGAUCACUCCUCAUAUCUGAUGGUGUCUCAGAAGGAAAAUUAGGAGAACUGAAGAGAGAAGUUAAAGAGAAUUGUGAAAUUCUCUUCAAGUUGUCUUCUGAUCUGUUCAUCAUAUUUUUAAACGCCAUCAAAGCUGUGAUGAGAGACAGGAACCUCUUUCAAGAGCUGACCGAGAAAAUGGAAGCAGUUCUUGAUGAACCUGAUAGUUGUGAGCUGAAAACAGAAAGCCCAGACUUAAGAGACCUGUUGAGCAGCUUACGGCAUUCUCCAAGACAUCUUCUCCUUAAGCUGGCAGCAGCAAUCACCUACACUCUUGACGCGUUAGAUGAGCUAACGGAGGAUCAGCUGCUGCUAUUGCUGGAGUCUUUGGAAGAGAAGAUUGUGUCCCAACAGCUUAAGCUGGUUGAGAGCCUCUUGAAACCCUACACAGAAGACAGGGAGGGGCGUUUCAGCGUGAAUACCAACUUGCUCUCCUUCUCACGAGAGAAGGAACAAAAAUUAACCGUUGCAAUGGUUGAGAUGAGUGGAGUGAAGCUCCAGGAAGACGGAUCUGCUGUCUGUACGGAAGAAGACUUCUCGGCCAUAGCAGCCCUGUACGUGUCUCUGUACAUCCUCAGUCUUCUGAGUAACUCGGAUUAG